AUGCAUGGCACUGGGUCAAUGGUAGGGAAACCUCCAACACAUGUUACGGCUUCAUAUAGUCUGAAAGCAGGUGAUACAUACGCUGCUAGUCUGUCGCAUCUUCGGGUGUGGCGACACAGAGCAGAUGGAGGCGACAUUCUCUGUACAGAAGGCAACGCCACAGCUAUCACUUUCUUUGUUGCCUCUUCGAAUUAUGCGACCACCAGAUCAUCAUUUGUGAGCACUGCCAUCAGAUCUCAACAAGUAGUCGAUCCUCUGGCUUUAGACCAAGUAGGUGCCAUGUGUAAUUCAAUCGAUUUCUAUAUCAAGAUUAAUAACCAACAACAUCAAUAUAUAGUAGUUGAAGAUGUCAUAGAGUUAUCAAUCAACUCACCAUCAGCAUAUCAAUCCAGCAACAACAAUAUCAAUCACUUUAGUUUCGCAGACGAUGACUACAACAACACUAGAAUUUCUUCGUCUUCAGCUUCAUCAUCUUCCCAACAUCACCAAACAACACUUGAUACUGCUAUUGAUUCCACUGAGUUGCCGGACUCAGUACCGGACUUAGUUACCGGACUUAGUUACCGGACUGAGUUACCGGACUCAGUUGAUUCCACUCAGUUACCAGACUGA